CUUAAUAUGCCGUUUGUUCCAUUCCGAUCUUACCACGGAUUAUAGAUUAACGUAAAGUCGAGGAAUAAGUUAACAAUGACAUAUGGAGGGGAAAACAUGAUUUGGCGUCGCGUUGGAUCUGCUUUGUCGCGCGCCCUGGCGCCAUCGCGUCUCCCACGUCACUAAAGUGCUUUAGCUCCAGAGGGGCAAAUUCCUUCAGAGCACAAUUCGGUUUGUCGUUUGUUCAAGUGCCAUUGCGGUGCGGUGUAUCGACUAUCUGACGCGGUAUAUUGAAACAUAUUGUCCUUUUCUGCUAUUCGAUUUCGCAAGACCCGGUUCAAGAAACACCCACGACCCAUUGCCCGGGGCGCACGAUGCCGGCCGCAAAGCCAAAGGCGGCGGCGGCAACGACCAAGCCCAAGACGCCGCGACAGACGAAGCUCAACUUCAGCGGUGCGAAAACGAAGGAUACGCCUGGUUCGAAGCAGAAGAAGCCGGUGAAUGGAAACAUACUGAAUUUCUUCAAGAAGAUCGACGAUGAUGCGCUGUUUAUUGAGGAUGCACCGUGCUUAGCGGCGAGGUCGAGUCCAACGCCGGCAACGAAACCAGCAGAACCGGAAGAGGAAAAGGACAUUUAUGGGAUAGACGAUGUUUACAAGGCUCCCAAAUACUACGCAGAUGGUGUUUCUUCCAAGAGGCGGAAAUUAAGCCAUGCUGGAGAUGAUGCCGUAGGCAAGAUGGAGGAGCCUCUGGAAGGCAUAUCCCCAGGGCUGGCCAUUGACAAUAUCACCACAAAGCCUGCGAUACCAAAAGAACCCAAGUCAAAGCUGAAGCGCAUCAAAGGCAAAGGACCGUUCCUGGACGACUCCGAGAGCGAAGGAGAAGCAGUAAGUCAUUCUCCAACGAGCCACGAGUCGGCUGACAAAACGCCUGAUAUUCUUCAACCUGGCCAAACAGUGAAGCUGGAGACUCCGGAACAGAACAGUUACUCAGCUAGAGAAAACGCACCAGCUGCACCCAAUCCUCCGGCCUAUAAUCCGGAGGACUCGGUUGACGAGGAUGUCAAAGACCCUGACGACAUGGACGAGGUAUUCGAUGAGGAUGACUUUGCCGAUGGUGGCGAAGAGUUCCGCGAGAUGAAAUACAUGCAAGAACAGGCCCGACUUGAAGACGAGGAAGCUGGAAACUACAAUUCAGAUGCAAUGGCAGACGAAGGUUCCAUGGAUCAUGGCAUCACGCAGAACUGCCCUCUUUGCGACGCCACUCUAGCCGGCGUCACACCGGAUGAAGCGACAAUUCAUGUCAACGCCUGUCUGGAUGGGAACCCUCUCCCGCUUCCAAAGUCUCUCGUAACCCCGUCAAAGUUACUGCCUUCCGACGCAGUCGACACGCCCGAUAUGAGCAAGCGAUUUUCGAAAGCCGCCGUUCCUAGGCCUGGUCAAGCUAAUCCCAUCAACCUUGACGGUAAUGUGCCCAAAGCAACAUCGGCAUUCAGCAAGCUGAUGUCCGGCCAUGCUGAGGAUGCUGCAUGGGCUUCGGCGGCAGCUGCGGAGACGGCAGCCCGGGGCAGACCAGCAUACGAGCGGACCUGUCCCUUUUACAAGAUCAUGCCUGGAUUCUUCAUCUGCGUCGACGCAUUCCGGUAUGGUGCUGUCCAGGGCUGCAAAGCCUACUUCCUAAGCCAUUUCCACAGUGACCACUACAUUGGACUGACGGCCAAAUGGUCUCACGGCCCUAUAUACUGCAGCAAGGUGACGGGGAGCUUGGUCAAGCAGCAGCUGCGUACAAAUCCGAAAUGGGUUGUAGAACUGGAGUUUGACGAAAAGUUCAAAGUGCCGGGGACAGAGGGCGUCUUCGUGACCAUGAUUCCAGCUAACCACUGCCCGGGGAGUUCCUUGUUUCUCUUUGAGAAGGUGAUGGGCAAGGGUCCCAAUUCCAGGACGCAGCGAAUACUACAUUGUGGUGAUUUCCGUGCCUGCCCAGCACAUGUCAAUCAUCCCACUCUCAAGCCUGAGAUUGUAGACGCAGUCUCUGGCAAGACCCAACAACAGAAGAUAGACGUCUGCUAUUUAGACACAACCUACCUAAACCCUCGCUACUCAUUCCCCCCACAAGAAGAUGUCAUCAACGCAUGUGCCCAGUUUUGCAAAAACAUAUCCGGCGACCCUAGCGCCCCAGAUGAUGCCUACGAAGCGCUGAAACGCGAGACGGGUGUCACGACCGUCAGCAAGUUCUUCGUCAAGGAGCCUCAUGACUCCUCCUCCGACGUCAAGACCGAAGCUGACGGAACCACUACCACCACCACCGGCAAGAAGAACCCGAAACACCGCCUCCUCGUCAUCUGCGGCACCUACUCCAUCGGCAAAGAGCGCAUCUGCAAAGCCAUCGCCCAAGCCCUGAACACCAAGAUCUUUGCCUCCCCCUCCAAAAUCAAAAUCAUCAAGCAGCUCAGCGACCCAGAGCUCUCCGCCCUGCUGACGUCCAACCCCCGCGAGGCUCAGGUCCACAUGCAGAUGCUGAUGGAAAUCCGCGCCGAGACGCUGCAGGAGUACCUCAAUGGGUACAAGCCGCACUUUUCCCGCAUCGUCGGGUUCCGGCCCAGCGGAUGGAAUUUUCGCGGGCCCAGCAGCACCGCCAAGGGGGUUUCGGCCACCAUGAGUCCGUCCACCAUGGAUACGGCGCAAUUGCUGCAUGGCUCCUUGUGGAGGACAAGGUUCGGGCCGUUGGAUUUUGUGGCGCAGAGGGGGAGUACGCGGGAGGCAAUGUGUUUCGGGGUGCCUUACUCGGAGCAUAGCAGUUUUAGGGAGUUGGCACUGUUUGUCAUGGCGUUGAGGAUCGAGAAGGUGGUCCCGACGGUGAAUGUGGGGAGUGCGCCGAGUCGGCAGCGGAUGAAGGGGUGGACGGAUCGGUGGAUUGCGGAGAGGAGGAGGGGCGGGUUGGUGAGGUUGUCGGAGGGGGAUAGGAAAGCUGGAGAGAAGGAACGGGACGAGGGGCUUUGGGAAGGCAAGGAUAAUAAAGGAGGAGGGGUUUGGUGGUAGAUAGAAUCUAGGGCAACGAGAAUAUAUGCUG